AUGGAGACACUAAUAGUGUUGUUUGCUGUGAUAUACACUAUCAUAGCAGCCCCAGCCCAGUUAGGGGAACAUUUAGAUACAUUUAAAACACUAAAUGGUGAUUUUUCUGACACAACAGUACGAGAAAGAAAGUCAACAGCUCAAGCAGAAUUAGAUCAUCAUUUAAAUCAAAACGUUGAUGAUGGCAUAUCAAAUGGGAGAAGUUUACAUGCUAAGAAACCAAUUAUUGUCAAGAAGAAAAUUGGAUAUCAUUUAUAUCGUGAUUCAGACGAAGAAAAAAGAUUAACUAGUUCUCGUGAAAACUGUAAUGAGAAGGUAAAGGUUAAGUUAUGUGACGAAGAAGCUGCUUUAACAUCGACUGGUAUGGGGCGUAGCACUACGACUGAAGAUAUUGAUGAUCAUUUAAUGUCCGAAGAAGAUAUGAAACAAAGUUUGAAAAUGGCAAAAGAAGCAAUAGCGAAUCUAGAAAGAGAUCUACAAAAAAUGGAUACUAAGUCCAGUCCAAAAUCAGCGCAGAUGGACGAGAUCAAUUUGGAAGCUGGUGCUGAAGUUCGUAAAGAUAUAGAUGUAGCAAAAGAAGCACUUGAACAAAUUCAUCAAAAUUUUGGAAACUUGGAGUCUAUGAGCUUACAUGCUUCGACGUCGGAUGAUCCGGGCUCAAUACAUAACGUUCAUUUAACUGUAGCAAAAACAGAGGAAGAAAGAAUUGCUCAAUGGAAAGAGGCCAUGGAGAAUAUUCAAAAAAAUAUAGAAAUUGCACGCAAUAUAGAAGACAGUUUUAAAUUCGAUGAUAACGAAAAAUUGGUAGACGAAAACUCUUUUUUGGAAGCAUCGAGCUCUGAAAUUCUUAACGCAAAUACACAGCUGACUGAAAAAAGCUCAGCGAACAAAGAUGAUAUGAAUACUGCAGCUUCCAACGUUCACGAAUCUGAUGCCAAAAACGAAGCCAAAUUUGAAAAUAAUAAUUUAGGGAAUGAUCAUAAGACCACGUUAAGAAGUUCACUGGAAUCUGAACUUAGUGAUAAUAUAUUGAAAAAGCAACUAGGAUCAAUGUCCAUGAAUGAACAUUUUCAUACUAAUAAUGAAAUUGGAGCAACUAAGGUUUCCAAAAAUGCAGAUUUAGAGAUAAACACGGAGAGAAUAAGUUUCGAUUUGAAACCUGAAAAUAAUGAUGAAAAACCGACAAUACAAUCAAAAUCUAAUGAGUAUUCAAAACCAGAAUCUGAAAAAGAUAACAAAAAUACAUAUAAAAAAGAAGAAAUUAUCGAAAAAUUAAAUGAUACUACUCAUAUAAUCAAUAACUCAAACUCUCAUGGAACUGAUCAAAAAGCUGAAUCUGCUACAGAAAAUAGAAAAACGCAAGAAAGACAACCGACAGAAAACGAUAAUGUGACGAAGGUUUCAGUUCAAAUGAACAAUGAUAAGAACGAAGGAUUAAUGAAAUCGGCCGAUAUUGAACAUAUGCCUAAAAUUAAUGAGCCAGCACAACAUUUAUCUGGAACGAAUGAUAAUAUAAAGAAAGCUGCCAUGCCUAACUCUAAGAACAACGAAAUGAGUACAGCACAAUCCAAAUUUGAGGAAUCCAAUAAUUUUCGAAUUGCAAAUCACAAUAGUCAUUCAGUGGGUCACCAUCAAACAUCAACAAUGAAGGAUGUAAAUCAUUUAGAUACGAUGAGAGCACAUAUGCGCAUGGACCCUGUACAUAAAAACUUAAAUGAUCAUUUAAUUCAUGGACAAGUUUAUCACGAUGAUCACAUUGAUACUGCUUUUCAUUCCAACAUGAGGGAUUCCUUAAAUGGCUUUAGACCUGAUAGUACAAUGUUCCAAUGGAAGCCUAGUCAAGAGAGAACCGUAUAUGGCCCUGCAAUGUCCUCUCACACGGGAUCAAGUGCUGUCGGCGUAUUUCCAAACGCAAACAUCGGAAGUUGUGGAAUUCCACUAUUACUAAGUUGUUCGCCGUCGGUAACAUCUGGAAGUUUAGCUAAAGCACUUCCAUCAGGAUAUUCGGCGCCAGCGUACAGAAUGGAAGAAGACUUUGCAGUCAUUCCGAACAAAAGAGAAAUCAAGAAAAGUAAUGAAAUACCAAGCGUUAAUUUUAAAACCAUGACCACCAGCACGAAAAUGAAAAUGUCUAAAACUAAUUUUGAUAAGAAAUUACGAUAAAAUACAUGAAAUUGAGCAGCAUUUUACCAUUUAAGGAAUUUAAUUGUUUAUUUUUGCCUAAACUUUUCUAAAGUACAUUAUUUAUUCAAUUGUAAGUUUUACGUGAAUACAUCACAAAUAAAUAAAAUUCAUCGGUUAUUUUCAGUAAUAUUCGAAAACAUUGUAAUGCAUGUAACACAAUAUAUAUAAUAUCUAUAUAAUAUCUAUUGCUUCUUUGUUAAGAAAUGACAAAAUGUGAAAGAAAUAAAACAAAAUAUAAGAA